AUGAAAAGACUUUAGAUUGUUGUAAAUUCAUGGUUUCAUGAUGCUUCCAGGGCGUUCAGCAGUUGUGAGUAUAAAGCCACUAACCCAUCUAACAGGCAAGAAGACUGGGAAUACAUCAUUGGAUUCUGUGACCAGAUCAACAAAGAACUUGAAGGGCCACAGAUAGCUGUGAGACUCCUGGCUCAUAAAAUCCAGUCGCCACAGGAAUGGGAGGCAGUCCAAGCCUUGACAGUGCUAGAAGCUUGUAUGAAGAAUUGUGGGAGAAGAUUUCAUAACGAAGUAGGGAAGUUUCGCUUUUUAAACGAGUUAAUCAAAGUUGUGUCUCCAAAGUACCUGGGAGACCGAGUGUCAGAGAAGGUGAAGACCAAAGUCAUUGAAUUGCUGUAUAGCUGGACAGUGGCAUUACCAGAAGAAUCCAAAAUCAAGGAUGCCUACUACAUGCUGAAGCGACAAGGGAUCGUUAUGUUUGAUCCUGUGAUUCCUGCGGACAGAACCCUGAUUCCUUCUCCACCGCCUCGUCCCAAAAACCCUGUGUUUGAUGAUGAGGAGAAAUCCAAGCUUCUAGCCAAACUGCUGAAAAGCAAAAACCCAGAUGAUCUACAAGAGGCCAACAAGCUUAUAAAAUCCAUGGUAAAAGAGGAUGAGGCUCGGAUUCAGAAAGUGACAAAGCGCAUGCACACGCUGGAGGAAGUAAAUAACAAUGUGAAGCUGCUGAAUGAGAUGUUGGUUCAUUACAGCAAAGAGGACUCAUCAGAGGCUGAUAGGGAGCUCAUGAAGGAGCUCUAUGAAAGGUGUGAAACCAAAAGGCGGACGUUAUUCAAGCUGGCCAGUGAGACAGAGGAUAACGACAGCAGUUUGGGGGAUAUUCUACAGGCCAGUGACAAUUUAUCCCAUGUGAUAAAUUCCUAUAAAAAAAUAAUAGAGGGGCACGUGAUCAAUGGUGAAGUGGAUCUCCGUGUGAUGCCUGUAGUGGAAGGGAGUAACUCCACAAGUAAUCUCAACACCCUCAUUGAUCUUGCUGGAUUGGAAGUCACCAACACCCCGCCACCUCCAAUGCCACCCACCACCCUGACGCCAGCGCCCACAGUAGCCCCAGCCCCAGCAGAAAUCCCCAUUCUCCCGCCUCCUCCCCAGACGUUCGCACAGUUGCGGAGCAGUUCCUCUAGCCAAGUAGAAGCCACACCUGCGCAGCAGAGCAGCACGACCAACUCCCUCUCCUUGCUGGAUGAGGAGCUUCUGUGCUUAGGUCUAAAUGACCCAGCCCCUGCAGCAGUGAAGGAGACCUCAGAAAACCACCAGUGGAGCAUAUUUGAGAAUGACCAGUUGGACCUGGAUUUCUUUAAUCCGAAGAUGGUGACUGUUACUUGCAACCCUGCAGGGAACCCUCUUCUCCAUCAGACAUCACAGACCACGUGUGGAACGUCAGUGACGCUGCCCUCUGCUUUCACAGCCUCUCAGACUGCUCCCAGCAUCCCAGCACCAAACUCAGCACCAUUUGUAUUCUCUGCUGGACCGACUGCCCCUGCAGGGCCUCCUAAGACUAUUCCAGCUGCUCCUGGGUACUUCAGCUCAUCUGUGGGGAGCAAUAUGUCACAUAAGAUGGAUGCAUUGGGACAACUCCUUGAAGAAGCCAAAGGGACUGCCACCCAAGGCAUGGCAACACCCUCAGUGUUCCCUGGGGUUACUUUGCCAGCCGCUGUCACCUCUGCCCCGUUAAUAGCACCUGCAGGGCUGCCAGCCACUGCCCCUGGAGCCCCUCCAGUUCCUUUCCCAAGCAGCUGCACUGCUGGCUCAGGAAGCCCUCUCUUCCAGCCAGCAUCAUUCCAGCAGCAAGGCAGUCCUGUGAAAGCACCUGAAAUUUCUUUGACCAAUGUCCAUGUUCCCUUGGAAUCCAUUAAACCCAGCAGUGCCCUCCCAGUGACAGCCUAUGACAAGAACGGCUUCCGGAUCCUCUUGCACUUUGCCAGGGAGUGCCCGCCGGGAAGGUCGGACGUGCUCGUUGUGGUAGUCUCCAUGCUGAACACGGCACCGCUUCCUGUGAAGAACAUCGUGCUGCAGGCUGCUGUGCCAAAGUCCAUGAAGGUGAAGUUACAGCCACCCUCUGGCACAGAGCUGUCUCCAUUCAAUCCCAUCCAGCCACCUGCUGCCAUCACCCAAGUCAUGCUUCUGGCCAAUCCUACGAAGGAGAAAGUGAGGCUGAGAUACAGACUGACCUUCACACUGGGAGACCAGCCCAGCACAGAGGUUGGCGAAGUGGAUCAGUUUCCCCCGGUAGAGCAGUGGGGGAAUCUAUGACCUUAGGACACUGCCAGAGACUCUGUGACAGGACCAGGAAAGGAUCCCGCAGGACUGGAACGAAUGUGACGUGAGGAGGGACGCACAUGCUAUCCACUGGUGAUGUUCAGCUUUGUUUACAUGUCCUGACCACUCUGCUUGUAGCUUUAGUCCAGAAUGUUUUGCCCCACGUCGAAGGGGUCCUGGAACACUUAUGCCAAGCAUGAACUGGGUGGCAGCCAGUAACGGGCAGUGCUGUCUGCUUUUAUCUUGACCUCUGGGUGAAUCUGGUUCUAUCUUCCACGCUAUUAAACUUGAAGUUACUGUAUUUUGAGGGGAGACCUGUCAGCAGAAGGGGAUUUAGUUGGCUUGUUCCUGUACUGCUGUCCAGAGAUACCUACAGGCUGGUGGGGUGAUGAUGCCACCAUGAGCUUCCUCAGUGCAGAGCCCUUACACAUGCCCUCCCUCGGACUUUUACCUCCUCAGUGCCAGACCGGACCCGCUAAGCAUGUUGAGCAAUAAUGCUGGCUCCAUGAGGGAAUGCUUGUUUUUUACACUGAAAUGGCGCUUAGCUCCCUUCCUCCCCCUCCGCCACUUCAUUUCCAGCAGCCGAUGGAAGCAGACCCUCGCUCUGUGUCGUCCAACACUGCUGACUCUUUAGUUGUUUUAUUUAUUUUAUGCUGCUGGCUGCCUCCCUGGUGUAUCCGUUUUGGGCAGCUGGGGCUGAGUUUUGUACGCAAAUGGUUACACUGGUUAUUUUUCUGCCUUCGUUGCAUUCCAUAGUGCGGGGAAAAGAGGAAGCGUGUAGUGAGGAGGUAAACGGGGCUGGAACGGAGCAGUCAGUAUGGGUGGAGGACAGCACCUGGAGUGCAGAAGUGUCUUUACAAUCACUAAUCAGGUGCAGUGACUGAAUCCAGGGAUAAGGAGAGAUGCCUCUCGUGUCCCCUCAUGCAGGCAGUAUUAUUAUUGUAGUUGAAUACUGUG